UUGUUCCUGGGUCCCAACGAGCACUGGAAGAUAAUCAGCGAGAGCAGCAUUUUUUCCUUCUGCCCCAGGGGUUUUGGUUCAACCUCUUUCCGUCUGUAUGAGACCUUGCAGCUAGGCACAAUACCAAUCUAUGUUUGGGACGAGGAACUUUGGCUGCCGUUUCAGGAACUUUUGAACUGGCAGGAAUUUGCGAUAGUUGUGUCAUUCAGAGAUCGGGCGAAGAUUCCCUCCUUGCUAGCCCAGGCUGAUAUUGGGCGCAUGCAGGCAGCUCUGCACAGGCACCGCUACAUGUUUUCGUAUAGCUUCACUGUGCAGUACAUAUUGGAAAGACUG